GACUGGAGGGAGCUGUGGAUAGAAGAUGCGUUCUGGCCCUUCUUGUUCUCCAUCAUCCUAUUGGUCAUCAUGUUCCUAUGGCGACCAUCAGCCAAUAACCAGAGGUACGCCUAUAGUCCUCUGUUCGAUGAAGAGAGUGAGGAAGAGGAGCAGGAGCCCAUGGCGAACGAGGCUUUCGAAGGGAUGAAAUUGAGGGGCAUAAAAAACGAGACCAACGGAACACCCAAAGCCAACAAAGUGGAUGAGGAUCUGAAAUGGGUCGAAGAGAACAUCCCGACAUCUUUGGCAGAUGUUGCAUUACCCCCUCUGCUGGACUCUGAUGAGGUAGGGCUUUUACACGUCAUUACUAAACUAUGA